GGACCGUUUUGUAGCGGACUCAUUUCCGGCCGCGGGAGCGGGAACCGACUUCUGGUCGGUUUGUAGGCCCGGGUUGAGGAGAAUCCGACACGAAUCAGAGCCAUCCCAGCCGCCACCAUGACGGUGGGCAAGAGCAGCAAGAUGCUGCAGCACAUCGACUACAGGAUGAGAUGCAUCCUGCAGGAUGGCCGCAUCUUCAUCGGUACCUUCAAGGCCUUUGACAAGCACAUGAACCUGAUCCUGUGUGACUGUGAUGAGUUCAGGAAGAUCAAGCCGAAGAACUCAAAACAAGCAGAAAGGGAAGAGAAGCGAGUUCUGGGCCUUGUGCUGCUACGUGGGGAGAACCUAGUCUCAAUGACCGUGGAGGGGCCACCUCCCAAAGAUACUGGUAUUGCCCGAGUACCACUUGCUGGGGCUGCAGGAGGUCCUGGGAUUGGCAGGGCAGCAGGGAGAGGUGUGCCUGCUGGUGUCCCAAUGCCCCAGGCUCCUGCAGGGCUAGCAGGGCCUGUCCGAGGGGUAGGAGGGCCAUCUCAACAGGUGAUGACUCCACAGGGAAGAGGAACUGUUGCUGCUGCAGCUGCUGCCGCCACAGCCAGCAUUGCAGGGGCCCCAACACAAUAUCCUCCAGGCCGAGGAGGACCUCCCCCACCAAUGGGCCGAGGAGCACCUCCUCCAGGCAUGAUGGCUCCCCCACCUGGCAUGAGACCUCCCAUGGGCCCUCCAAUGGGGAUGCCCCCAGGUCGAGGGGCACCAAUGGGCAUGCCCCCUCCUGGCAUGAGACCCCCUCCUCCAGGAAUGAGAGGUCCUCCACCUCCGGGGAUGCGCCCACCAAGACCCUAAGAUCCUGUAGGCCUUGCUCAGAUGUUAUUUCCAUGUUUGCCACCUGGAAAGUUGUAAAUAGUUGUCUUACUGCCUUUGAACUUGGUUUAUAAUAAACUUCAGGAAAAAAAUCUUUUAAUUUUGG